UACUAUACAUGUGUAAACAUGGCAGAAACAGAUAGCAGCGAUGACGAGGUGUAUGAAGAUGCUCUAGAGAAUGACAUAGUCAAGGAAGAAUCCCAUAAUAGCCUUCCCUUGACUCCAGAUGAAGAUUUAGAGAAUUUACUGAAAGAAACAACUGUUUUUAUUGAUUUGUUCCUGAGUAACAACUUUAGUAAAGCUUUAGAAGAAAUCAGUAAAGGGGCUAAAACUAGUAUUUAUCAUGCUCUUGGUCGUGGAGUAUUUAUGUUUAUUCGAGCUUUUAUGACUUUUGAAACUGGAGAUAUACGUGUUGCCAUGGAUACUAUCAAAGAAGCAGUAGCGGUAUGUCAGAGAUACAGAAAAAAAUUCUCAGCUUUAUAUCGUGUCUUGGGCUGGUCUGGUGACAGUAGUUACACAGACU